GGCUGGUCGGCAAAGGAGGUGCGUAAGCUGCUCGAGGCGACCGGGCUCGGCCGCUUCGCCGCCGCCUUCUUCUCGCGCGGCGUGGGCGGCGACGAGCUGCUGCGCAUGUCCGGCGACGAGCUCCGCGCGGUGAUGGCGGAGCAGGCCAGCAGGGAGGAGGCGAGCGCAAGGGAGGCGGCUGCUCAGCUGCUGGCGGCGCAGCUGGAGAUGCUGCGGGCGCGCGAGUGCUGA